AUGGACACUGCGGCGGAUUCGGCAGUGCUGGCUCAGUGUGAUGAUUUAGAAAUCGCUCGGUUAUUCCUGGUUGAUAGAUUCAAGCGCAUAUACGAGUCGGUGAGCAAAGUGCAGCUUGUGGACCGUCUUGGGUCGGAGCCGAACAUCGUUGGUUCGAUUCAUGUGACCACAUCACAUGUCAUUUUCAAGGCUGAAGAAAGCGCCAAAGAAAUUUGGAUUCCGAAUGGUUUGAUCGGGACAGUGGAGAAAGGAGCGCUCUCAGCACUGGGCACACCGCUGACCGUGAAGUGCAAACAUUUCCUCACACUGACUUUCCUGAUAAUGCGAGACAAAGAAUGUCAGGAUCUUCUGGAAACACUGAACAGAUGCGGCAAGCCAGUGGAGAAAGGAGCGCUCUCAGCACUGGGCACACCGCUGACCGUGAAAUGCAAGCAUUUCCUCACACUGACUUUCCUGAUAAUGCGAAACAAAGAAUGUCAGGAUCUUCUGGAAACACUGAACAGAUGCGGCAAGCCAGUGAACAUAACUGAUGUGUUCGCAUUUGAAAACAAGGAACGGAAUGGUGACAUCCGUGUGAAUAAGAUCAAACGAGGCUGGGAUCGUUUCGACUGGGUGGUCGAGUUCGCACGCCAGGGCAUCGGCGUAGCUGAUAACGAUGCAUGGGCGAUUACCGAAUUCAAUAAAGAUUACAAACCGCUGACGGGUUUUAGCGCGCGUUGUAUCGAAGAUGAAUCUCUGAUGGGUUUAAUUGCAAAAACAAAUCCAUCCUGUUCAACACUUUAUUUGAUUGAUACACGAUCGCGGGUGAAUGCUAUGGUUAAUAAAAUGCAAGGCAAAGGAUUUGAAGAUGUACGAAAUUAUUCAAAUUUGCGUUUCCACUUCUUUGAUAUUGAUAAUAUUCACGUUAUGAGGUCCAGUUUAAAUAAACUUCUGGAUGCAUUGCAGAUUUUAAUCGAAAAGGACUGGCUUGGUUUUGGGCACAAAUUUGAUGAUCGAUGCGCUCAUGUGGGUGCUUUCAAUGACGAAGCAGCAAGAGAGGAUCUCAAUUUAGCAAAACGAACUCAAUCUUUGUGGGCUUUCAUGGAUGAUCGUCAUGAUGAUUACAUUAAUCCAUUGUAUGAACCAAAUAAAUAUGGUUAUUUGGAAAAGAUUGAUUUGCAUCCGUCAGUGUUUGCUGUCUGGAUAGCACUGUACAAUCGUUUCGACACGGGUCUCCUGCCGAGGGAGAAUACCAACGAUGUGACCAUCACAACACUGGAACAUAUUGGUGUCCUUGAAGCUCAUUUAGCUUCACUUCAAACAAAGCUGGCGGAGCUCAAAAUUUUGGCCGGAAAACAAACACCGGGAAGUGAAGCAAUGGCCGAUAGUGGGCAUUCCAGUAGCAUUUCUAGCGGUAUCACAGCAUCUGCUUGUAAAAUAUCAGAUGUAAUUGCACCGGUAAAUGAUGGUGCGACUGAGGGGAAAAGUGAGAAGCAGCUAUGGGAUGAGCUGGAACGGGAAGAUACUGUGGAAAGUGGCAUAUACGAUGCAUCAUUCCCCUUUAGCGUACGCCUUCUGUUCUUUAGCAUUUUUUUUAAACGCUAG